AAAGAUGCGAAACCCCACCACGAUUUACCUCCAUUUUCCCUCUCUGCCAUCGCCACAAUCCUGUCGACGAGCUGUAGAUGGAAAUCGCCACCAUGAGAUGGGUUUCGAUUGCCCUUUUCUUGCUCUUAAUUGGGUUGGCUGUGGCUGAUCAUCGCCGAAUCCCCACCACUCUCGAUGGACCAUUUUUGCCCGUUACUCGGCGAUUUGAUCCGUCUCUGAGGCGUGGAAGCGAUGAUUUGCCCAUGGAUCAUCCAAGGCUCCGGAAGAAUGUCUCGUCGAACUUCCCUGAACAGAUUUCCCUCGCGAUUUCCACGUCGUCGUCCAUGUGGGUUUCUUGGGUUACGGGGGAUGCUCAGAUUGGCAAAAAUGUGACCGCGCUGGAUCCAUCAUCCGUCGGCAGUGAGGUUUGGUAUGGAAAAGAAAGUGGGAAUUACACGAGCGUGAGAAGAGGGUUUUCGACUGUCUAUAGCCAACUAUAUCCGUUCGAAGGGCUGCUUAAUUACACAUCUGGCAUCAUUCACCAUGUCAGAAUUGACGGUCUUGAGCCUGAAACAAAGUACUAUUAUCGAUGUGGAGAUAGCUCUAUUUCAGCAUUGAGUUGUGAGCACGUUUUCGAGACUUUACCAGUGCCUACCAAAAGCUCAUAUCCUCGAAGAAUAGCCAUUGUUGGAGACUUGGGCCUUACGAGCAAUUCAACAACAACCAUUGAUCAUCUUAUUAAGAAUGAUCCUUCUCUGAUAUUGAUGAUAGGAGAUUUGACUUAUGCAAACCAAUACCUCACAACUGGUGGCAAAGGAGCUUCGUGCUUUUCAUGUGCAUUUCCGGAUGCCCCUAUCAGAGAGACAUAUCAACCACGUUGGGAUGGGUGGGGUAGGUUCAUGGAGCCGCUGACCUCGCGAGUUCCGAUGAUGGUUAUUGAGGGUAACCAUGAGAUUGAGCCCCAAAUCUCUGGGAUCACUUUUAACUCAUAUUUGACAAGAUUUGCAGUGCCCUCUGUUGAGAGUGGCUCGAACAGUAGCUUCUACUACUCAUUCAAUGCUGGAGGAGUUCAUUUUCUUAUGUUGGGAGCAUAUGUUGAUUACAACACUACUGGUGCUCAGUAUGCUUGGCUGAAAGAAGAUCUAGAUAAAGUGGAUCGCAUGGUUACCCCAUGGUUAGUAGCUGCCUGGCAUCCUCCAUGGUACAAUAGCUAUUCUUCCCAUUACCAGGAAUUUGAAUGCAUGCGUCAAGAGAUGGAACACCUUCUUUACGAGCAUGGUGUCGAUAUUGUUUUCUCUGGUCAUGUGCACGCCUACGAGCGCAUGAACAGAGUGUACAACUAUACACUGGAUUCUUGUGGCCCAGUUUAUAUAACAGUUGGAGAUGGUGGAAAUAUUGAGAAAGUUGAUGUAGACUUUGCGGAUGAGCCUGGAAAAUGUCCUUCAGCUGGAGAUAACAUCCCAGAAUUUGGAAGACUCUGUCAUUUGAACUACUCUUCAGGUCCAGCAAAAGGAAAGUUUUGUUGGAACAUGCAACCGGAGUGGAGUGCAUUUAGAGAAAGCAGCUUUGGUCAUGGAAUACUUGAGGUAGCAAAUGCUACGCACUCGUUGUGGACUUGGCAUCGGAAUCAAGAUGUGUACAUGGAAGAUAGCCAUGGAGAUCAAAUAUACAUCGUUAGGCAACCCGAGUUGUGCUCUCCAACCAUCAAGAUCACUUCUUUAUCCAAACUAUCUUGAAUUCUUCGUCCGUACAGGUUCUUUGAAUCUUUCCUUGUUCUUAAAGAAAGCCAAUAAAAAAUAGUUCGAGGUUGGAGCGGUAAGUAACCACCAUGGAUUCUCCCAGACAUUUUUGGUAUAUAAAGGGACUUGGAAAGAACGAGUUCAAGCCCAUGAUUCACCACCUACCUAAGAUAUAAAAAUCUAUCUGAGAACCAAACGUUUCUUUCCUUUACUCCCUCGCUGGACGCUUCCAUUGGAAAUGGGUACCUCUAUCAGGUAAAUGCAAAUGUCAUCUCAAUUUUUUUUUUACGUUAUUUGUUUGUUAAAAUUAAUGGAAAAUAAAAAUGGCAUACUUGUUUUCUUAUUA